AAAAAAAGAAAGAAAAAAACAGUACUACAUGUCAAGAGUAAGACUAGCUACUAGGCCUAUUUAAAAAUAAUCAAAGUGCUUAUAAAAUCAACAACAAUACUACUACAAACCCAAUGACAGGAAAAAUGACUUCAGGAGCUUCUAAAGGCCUAAUGGGUCUUCGUUUCCUUGAAACAACCCACAGUGGGAAGGAAAAAGAUAGCUGGAGCUCGAUUGAGAAGAUGUUUAAUCAGCAUGCAAGUGAUGGGAGACUCUCUAGGGACAAUUUUGGAGUCUGUAUUGGAAUGGUAAAGGAGUCGAAGGAUUUUUCUGGAGAGCUAUUUGAUGCUUUGGCUAGGCGCAGAAACAUAUCUGCAAAAGAUGGUAUCACUCGAGAUCAACUGAGAAUGUUUUGGGAGGAUAUGACUAAUGAUGACCUUGAAGCAAGAUUGCAGAUAUUUUUUGACAUGUGUGACAAGAAUGGAGAUGGGAAGCUUUCAGAGGAAGAGGUCAAGGAGAUUAUAGUUUUGAGUGCCUCGGUGAACAAAUUGGCAAAUUUCAAACAACAAGCAGGAUCAUAUGCAUCUCUGAUCAUGGAAAAGCUAGAUCCUGAUCAUCAUGGGUAUAUAAAGAUGUGGCAACUAGAAACUCUACUCAAGGGAAUGGUGAAAUCUGAAGAGAAUAACAUUCUUUCAAAAGAGACCAAGACUUUAACAAGAUCCAUGAUUCCCAUAAGAUACCAAACACCUAUAAACAAGUUCACAUCCAGAACCAAGGAACUCAUCAUUGAAAACUGGAAGAGAAUAUGGGUGAUCACUUUGUGGUUGGCCAUCAACUUGGGCCUGUUUCUUUGGAAGUAUUUUCAGUAUAGGAACAGAGUUGCUUACCAAAUCAUGGGUGAAUGUCUCUGCUUUGCCAAAGGUGCUGCUGAGACUCUCAAGUUUAAUAUGGCUCUUAUACUAAUCCCCGUGUGUAGGAGAGUUCUCACAAAGCUGAGAUCAACAUUUCUAAGUCAAUCAGUCCCUUUUGAUGAUAACAUCAACUUCCACAAGUUGAUUGCAUCUGCAAUAGCAAUUAUGACUUUAGGACAUGUUUUGAUGCAUUUAACUUGCGAUUUUCCAAGAGUUGUUUCGUGUCCAAAGGAAAAGUUCAUGAACAUUUUGGGGAGCGAUUUCAAUUUCAAGCAGCCAACUUACUUGGACUUGGUAAAAAGUAUUCCAGGAGUAACUGGGAUCCUCAUGAUCCUUAUAAUGGCAUUUUCCUUUAUUCAAGCAACACACUAUUUUAGGAGAAAUGUUGUCAAGUUGCCAUGGCCAAUCAACCAUUUAGCAGGGUUCAAUUCCUUCUGGUAUGUACAUCAUUUGCUGGUUGUGGUGUAUGCACUCUUGGUCGUACAUGGAUAUUUUCUAUUUCUCACCCAUGACUGGCACAAUAAGACGACAUGGAUGUAUAUCGCCACACCUAUCUUAUUGUAUGCAACUGAAAGGACUUAUUCAAUCAUCAAUGAGAGCAAUCACCGUGUCACAAUUCUGAAGGCAACGAUAUACAAAGGCAAUGUGCUAGCAUUGCGCAUGAGUAAACCUCAAGGAUUCGAGUACAAAAGUGGGAUGUACCUUUUUGUCAAGUGUCCAGAUAUCUCUAGAUUUGAAUGGCAUCCUUUCUCCAUCACUUCUGCACCAGGAGAUGACUACUUGAGUGUUCACAUAAGGAGCUUAGGGGAUUGGACUAGAGCACUUAGAGACAGAUUUAAGAAGGUAUGUAAGCCGGAAAAGACACAAUCAAAGAGUGGAGAGCUUGUCCAUACGGAAACCAAAGCUGUCUCAGAUGAACAACUCCAAGCAAGGUAUCCCAAAAUCCUCAUAAAAGGGCCAUAUGGAGCUCCAUCACAAAAUUUCGAUGAUUAUGACACUCUCUUGCUCAUUGGUCUUGGAAUUGGUGCAACACCAUUCAUCAGCAUUCUUAAGGAUCUAUUGAAUAAAAUUGAGCUCAAUGAUCUUGAAGCUGGAUCAAGAGGUAGUAGUCCAUCAGAAAUGAAUGGAAAGGGUCUUAGAAGAGCAUACUUUUAUUGGGCAACAGGGGAGCAAGGAUCCUUCGAAUGGUUUAAAGGUGUCAUGGAUGACAUUGCAGAGCACGACCAACAUCAUAUAAUAGAAAUGCACAACCAUUUGACUAGUGUACAUGGAGAAGGAGAUGCAAGAUCUGCUCUAAUCUCCAUGGUUCAACAGCUUCAACUUGCUAAGAAUGGAGUUGAUGUUCUCUCAGAAUGCCGGAUUAAAACGCAUUUUGGACGACCUAAUUGGCGGAAAGUGUUUUCUGAUAUAGCAAGUAGGCAUGAAUCUUCUCGAAUAGGUGUGUUCUACUGUGGGAGUGCCGCACUGACGAAAAAACUGAAGGAGCUUUGCCAUGAAUAUACCUUAAAUACAUCAACUCGCUUCGACUUUCACAAGGAGAACUUUUAGACAGUUGCCCCGUUGCUACAAAUAGGAAACUAUUUUGUACAAAAAGUCAAGUCUUAUCUCUUUCUUGUUUGCCAUUUUGUAUUAGGAAAGUGGAAAAGUAUAGUACAUGUACGCGUGUGAAAUAAUAUCCUGCGUGUGGAGCAAUUAUAGUUGCUGUCUCAUUUAUAUUAUGCUUCUCUAUUUCAAUAUUUGCGGAAAAAAAAUUAAUAUUAACAGAUGGAAUUUUAUUUA